AUGCCAUCCAAGGGAAGUGCGCGUUUUCCGGUUAGCUUGCCUCCGCGCUCAGCCGAGGAAUCAUGGGACGAGCACAUUGACGCUGUGCUUUUUGAACUGCAACGACUAUACUUUGAGCGUGUUCGCCCUGUUGAGGAAAAGUUUCAGUAUGACAUUUUUCGACCUUCUUGGUUCUCCGAGGCAAUUGUACAAAAAAAGCCAUUUGUGACGUUUUUGGGCCCCUUCUCCGCAGGGAAGUCCACGUUUAUUAACUACCUAUUGCAAAGUAACCACCUCCUAACGGGGCCGCAACCACUAACAGACAAGUUUACUGUUAUCAUGCACGGCGAGGAGGUUCAGCAGAUCUCUGGGCGUGUACUUAUGGCAGAUAGUUCACAGCCAUUUCGCGGGCUUAGCCAGUUUGGUGACAUGUUCGCGGAAGUCUUUCAAGGCUUACUUGUGCCGCACCCCCUUUUGCAGUCGGUAUCACUUAUCGAUACACCGGGUGUACUCGAGGCUGCAGGUGAUAUUCAUAGGCGGCGGUACGACUUUAUCAAAGUUUGCCGAUGGUUUGUGGAAAAAAGUGACCUUGUAUUUGUUCUCUUUGACCCGACGAAGUUGGAUGCCGGGACGGAGCUUCGGAUGUUGUUUAAGCAUGCCCUGCGUGGUAAUGAAAGUAAAAUACGCAUUGUGCUAAACAAGGCAGACACGGUUGGGCCACAGGAGCUGAUGCGUGUCUAUGGGGCUCUGUUUUGGAAUCUUUCCGGUCUUAUCUGUUCGACAGAACCACCGCGUGUGUAUGUCUCAAGUUUUUGGGACCAGCCAUAUAAAAAAGGUACAGACCAUAAUCUAUUCACGGAUGAAAAGUCCGAUCUCCUCUACGAUCUGACUGAAGUGGUGCCGUUACAGUCUUUGGAUCAGCGCGUCACUUCUGUGAUGCAGCGGACGAAGCUUGCUCUCGUCUUUGCACUCGUGUGCGCCGCCUACAAGUCGCGCAUGCCUUGGCUUAUAGGAAAAGAUAAAGCUCGUGCGGGGUUCCUUGCACAGCUGCCACAAAUUGUGGAGGAUCUCUCGAAUACGUAUCGUCUGGGCGUAACGGACUUUCCCACACGUGAGGAGAUGACGGCUUUCUUGUCAAAGGUCCGCACAGACGAAUUUUACGAUAUGAAUCGCCUACGAAAGAAGGGAUGGCCAACCUUGCUAAAACAGACGAUCGAAGAGGAUCUGCCUGCACUUCUCAAACCAAUUAAACAAAGCGCGGUAGUGGACCCACGCGACCGCAAACAUGCCAUUAUGAUGCAGCGUAAUUAUACCAAGCAAAUGUCAGAUCAACUGGCGGGCCAGCGUGGAAUACAAGGUGGACUGGGACAGCAGCGGAUCUCAGAACACCGUGCUCACACAAUGCCGAAUGCUGCUUUUUUGAACGCCGCACUUAAUUCUUCUAUUCAGCCGUCACAACAGGCUUCACUCCCUCAACUGACGCCAGAUCAAAUGUUCAUGAUGAUGCAGAUGAUGCAAAAUCUGUCAUCACAGAAUCAACAACCGCAGCCACAGUUGCUGCAGCUAGAGCAAGGUCCCACACAGCAGCUGACGCCAGAUCAAAUGUCAAUGAUGAUUCAGAUGAUGCAAAAUCUGUCAUCACAGAAUCAGCAGUGGUGA